AUGCCUCGUCUCAAAGCGACCCCCAAGCGCGUUAUCUUUCAAGUCGCUGAGAGCAUCCAAUCGCAGCUAUGCCCGUCCCACCCGUCCAUUGAAUCAUCUCCGGCCAGCUCCUCAGCAGUUUCCAUAGCAGUUCUGGCGGACUCUCUGGAGUUGUCCGAUUCUGAUCACUCCAGCAGCUCUUCGUCCGUCGCUACUGCCAGGAGUGACUCCAGCAGUCCCUCCAGGCGGACCGGGAAAGCUGGGUUGAAGAGGAAGAAGUCAGUGACGAAACCUGAGGAAGAGCCUAUCUACUGCUCUGAGGUCGCCUGUCUAUUAGCAAGUUGGGUCGGUGAAGGAUUUUGGUCUGACUCCACGCAAUGCGUCAUCACGGCCAUCAACGAGGACGGAAAAGUCGUCAUCGCCUCCGCCGUAGAAGACGAGGAGGCAUGUGCGUGCAUUGUGAGAGUCGGGCGGGGACUAACUCAAAAGGUGUUCAACGCACUCCGGUUGCUGCAACGGCAAGGGGUGGUGGCGGUAAGAGCGACCCACCUAGCCAACACCAAGAUUAGGUUUGAAGUGGGCCUAGCCCCCGGUUUUGUGGUCGACGACGAACUUGGAGCUGAACGCAUCGCGGAGAAGUUGCCUGCAGCCAGCCGGAGAGACCUAGCUGUCGUGUUAGCUUGGGCGGUAGCAGUGACUGCUCAGGAGCCCGUCGGUGGCGAUCUGGAGGUCGGUACGGAGGAUUUCCUUGCUGCAGUGAAGCCCCCUGGAGAGCCCUUACAGGGUACAGCUGAUGUCAUGACUGGCGAGGACCAACUGGCCUGCACUUUGCUAGACUUCCAGCGACACUCAGUCCGCUGGAUGAACCAUGCUGAGAGUCGGCCUCCUGAUGAAAGUGUCCCCCACCCGGCGUGGAUACCCCUGGGGGAGGUCUUCAUCAACCCCCGGCUCCCAGGAGUUAGCAGGUCUGCCGUGUCCCUGAGGCUGAGCUCGGUUCAUGGGGGUAUGUUGUGCGACGAGAUGGGCCUGGGUAAAACGGUAGAGGUCCUAGCUACGGUCGCGACUCGGCCGCGUCCCUCAGACGGCCAAUCGGCGGCUCAGGUUUUGGAUCUGUUCUACAGCUCACAGCUGUGUGCUCUCAAAGGAGUGAACAGUCAGGAUGGUCCUGACGACGCGGUCUCGAAAAAGUUGCGACGGGAAGUUGCCGACCUUCAUGCCACUUACCUUCUACAAGAUGGUUAUGCUAAGUCUUCGGCGACGCCUCCACACGAUGGGAAUCGACCACCGACGUGGUUGGACGAGUACCAUCCUGACAGAGCUCGUGCAUUCAAAGAGGCCUUCGGGUAUCCGGAGAGCUCGAGCCCGCCUGGGGAGGAGGAUGAUGAGGAGUCGCGUUGUCUGACCUGCGACAGAACGGGAGAUGCUGAUGCACCCUGGGUGGCCUGUGAUGUCUGUGAGGGUUGGCACCAUCAGCAGUGUGUUGGCUACAAUCUGCUGGUCAUGGCAAGCUCGGCGUUUAUAUGCCUCAACUGUCUCCACCGUGGGUGUGCUGAGCUUUUGCCUGUGGCCGCCACCUUAGUCGUUGUCCCUGCUAGCUUGCUCCAGCAGUGGGUCCGCGAGAUCGGUCUUCACGCUCCGACCAUGCGGUUUGUCGCCUACACUGAGAGCGAGGAGGGAGUGUUCCCGAGCCUAGCUGAUAUCGUAUCGGCUGAUAUUGUCUUGGUUUCCUACCCUGUGCUGGGUGAUAGCCUCUUGCGGACUGAGUCGGCUGAGUGGGACAGUGCUCAUGCGCUCCGUUACCGUCGACAGUCUGGCAGCUCCACUCGUACACCCUCUGCGCUACUCCGAGUGAGAUGGUGGAGGCUCAUCAUGGAUGAAGCCCAGCUGGCUGAGGGCGGUCACAGUGGGGCCUGCCGUAUGCUCAAGAGACUCACGGCUGUCAACCGUUGGGCCGUCACGGGGACUCCACUCACUCGCGGUGACCUGCGACCAGUAUUGGAGUUUUCGAAGGUCCCAAUUGAGGGUGCUGACGUUAAGGCCAUACAGGAUUCUCCAGGCGGUGUGCAUCGGCUACUGCCGCUGAUGAAGAAGCUGAUGUGGCGAGUGUGGAAGGUUGACGUGCUCGACCAACUGAAUAUGCAAGGCCUGGUCCAACACGUGGUCUGGCAGGAGCUCUCAGCAGUUGAGAUGUUCGGCUAUCGUCGGCUUGAGGAGUCUAUCCGGAAGGAGGCUCAGGGGUCUCUGGCGAAGCGCGGCGCUUCGAGGAACGCUGUGAGCUAUUUGUGGGACCUCACGCGGCUACUGCAGCUGCAGUGCGUACAUCAGGACCUGCGGAUGAAGCAGAAGACGUCGUACACGGGGAAGAGGAAGUCGAGGGUCUUUACUGAUGUCAAACCACUACUGAUUGUAUUUUGA